CUAGACAAAACAGCAUGUCCCUACUCUCUUGGGGUCCAUAGCCUGUUUUCCGGGGGGGGGGGGGGCAGUGACUGUCCUCUAUUCCUGCUCCUCUUCUAUAGAAGGGGUCAUGUUAAGGAGUUAUAGAAUCCUAGAUUCAAACCUGGAUUCAGAUCUCAGGUUUGUCAUUCACUAGUUGUGUGACCUCAGGCAAGUCACUUAACUUUUCUGAGGCUUAGAUUCCCCAUCUAUUCAAAAGAAACCACAAAGGCCUUUGGAGCAAGGUUGGUAAAUGCAAGGAGUAAAUGCAGAGAGGGAAGUUGAGCUGUCAGGAGGCUGACUUGGAGAGUGGCACACAGUAGGUAUCCUCUGACUUGGUUACUUAUGGAUGGGAGAGCAUGGAGAGCAUCCUUAAGAUUGGAUCCUGACUGUUCUAGGCUUUGCUGGUGCAAGGCUGCAGCUGGUGGGGAGCCUCAGUCCAAAGUGACAUUCCUGAGCCAGGUCUAAACCCCGACUCUGUGCUAAACUCCUGGAGGCUGCUGGAUUCCGUGUAAGGGGGCGUGUUACAUCCUCACCACAGUAUGGACAGCUGAAGAGUCGCCAGCUCCAGUUUAGAGAUGAGAAACUGAGGCUCAGCCAGGGUCAGGGACUUGCUUGAAAUGCCUCUUGGAGGUGGGCAGGGGUGGUGGGGGGAGGUCUCUGCCUAGAUGGCCGUCCUCUCCACAGCGGUCACUAGAGGGCGCCAGAGCUCAGAAUACUGGGUUUGGCGGUUCCCCUCGCCUCCAUGGGGCCGCGCCCCUCACACACCCCGGAGCUAGGAGGGCAGCAGUAUUGUGACCUCAAGGGCUGUGCACUGCCGGGAGAGGGGGGCGGGUCUGGGGCAGGGAGAAAGGAGACCCCAGGCCCGGAAGGAGAAGGAGAGGGGAAAAGGGGAGCUGGAGGCGGGGACUUGAGGGCCCCUGGGGCUUUUCUCACAGGACUCCCAGUUCUCUAGAUCAGCCCCUUUGAUUCUGCCUCCUGUCUCUCUCAUCAGUGCAUCUCUCUCUGUCUCUCUGCCCUACACAUCUUGUGUCUGUGUCUGUGUCUGUGUCUCUUGCUCUUUCACUCUGUCUCUGUAGCUUUAUUUGUUUCAGUGACUCUGUCUCCAUAUAGCGUGUGCGCGCGCGUGCGUGUCUGGCUCUGUCUGUUCUUUCUGUCUCUGUCUUACCUUCGUCUCUCUAGGUAUGUCUCUGCCUCUGUCUCGCUGUGUGCGUCACUGUUUCUCUUGUUAUGUCUUUACCUCUCUGUGUCUUUCUCUCUGUUUUUAACUGCCUCUGUCUCUUUCUGUUUCUGUCUCUCGCUCGGUUUGCAUGUCCUGUCCCUUGCAGCCACCGCCCCCCCCCCCCCCCAGCACAUGUGGGCUGAGGGUCUCAGUCCCUUCCCUCCUAUCUCCUCACCCCUGGCAGCUGUGCAGUUUCCCAGUCCUGGCCUCCCUGCCCGCCCCUCUUGGGCCUUAGGGGAGCGGGGUGAGGGAGGAAGGGAGGGCAGCCUGGUGGGCCCACCCCUUUUUGCCUUUCCAGGCUGGGAGGCUGGGCCAGUGAGCCUUUUAACCAGCCUUGGAUGCAGUGCCUGGCCCCUCUGUGGUCCCAGCCGCCGCCAGCCCGGCCAGCAUGCAGCAACAGCCCCUGCCUGGGCCCUUGGCCCCUGCGGCUGAGCCGACCAAGCCUCCCUACAGCUACAUAGCUCUGAUUGCCAUGGCCAUCCAGAGCUCCCCAGGACAGCGGGCCACACUCAGCGGCAUUUACCGCUACAUCAUGGGCCGCUUCGCCUUCUAUCGCCACAACCGGCCCGGCUGGCAGAACAGCAUCCGCCACAACCUGUCACUCAAUGAGUGCUUUGUCAAGGUGCCCCGUGAUGACCGCAAGCCAGGCAAGGGCAGCUAUUGGACACUGGACCCCGACUGCCACGACAUGUUUGAGCACGGCAGCUUCCUGCGCCGACGCCGACGCUUCACCCGGCGAGCAGGUGCCGAGGGAGCCAAGGGCCCUGCCAAGGCACGCCGUGGACCCCUCAGAGUGACCAGCCAGGAUCCGGGAGUCCCCGACGCCACAACUGGCAGGCAGUGCCCGUUCCUGCCGGAGCUGCCAGAGCCCAAGGGCCUAAGCUUCGGGGGUCUGGUGGGGGCCUUGCCAGCUACCGUGUGCCCUGCAACCACUGACGCCAGGCCUCGGCCACCCAUGGAGCCCAAAGAGAUGCCUGCACCUAAGCCUGCAGGCCCGGGGGAGCUCCCUGUGGCCCCCUCGUCUUCCCCGUGCCCAGCAUAUGGCUUUCCUGCUGGCUUCUCUGAGGCUGAGGGUUUCAGUAAGGCCCCUACGCCCAUCUUGACCCCAGAGGCGGGCGUUGGGAGCAGCUACCAGUGCCGGCUGCAGGCACUGAAUUUCUGCAUGGGGACUGACCCAGGCCUUGAACACCUCUUGGCCUCAGCAGUCCCCUCUCCUGCACCACCUACUCCUCCAGCCUCAGUCCGGGCCCCGCUGCCCCUGCCAGCUGACCCCAAGGAACCUUGGGUUGCAGGCAGCUUCUCUGUCCAGGGAGGUUCCAGCUACCCAUUGGGGCUGACCCCCUGCCUAUACCGGACACCAGGAAUGUUCUUCUUUGAGUGAAGCCAGCCCGGCCUCGGGCAGUCCCUGCAGGGCCCCUGCCAACUGCACCCUCCAGGGUGAGCCUGACUCUAGGAUCUGGGGCACUCUCAAGGGACCCGGGCCUGGCAAGCCAACGACAGCUGGGACAGGAAGCCAAGAUUGGAGUAGCGAACACGCAGCCAGGCCCCAGGGCCUCUGGACAGACUUGAGGGAGAGGGGAGGCAGGGCCCCCGUGGGAUUUACUCUGUGGCUCUCAGGGCCAAUAAAAGCAGUAUGAUGAUGGUCA